GGCUGUGCUUCUGGCCAGAGCUAAAUCUGUCGCCUUGGCAACAGCUAUGCUAGCUCGGUCGCCUGGUUGCACUCGUCAUUUCUCAGCUGCAGAAUGACCCCUCCUUCUCAAUAUACACGAUCUUCGGUUGAGUCCGGGUACAAGGUGGGGCAGAGGCAACUUGUAAAAGUUGAGUGUGUGUCGGUGUAUGGCGGAUUCCCCAGCGAACAACAGUGAAAGUCGUUAGCGGCCUGAACUAACUGAUCUAAAUCAAGCGUGGCGGCUGGAAACGAGUUCCUCAGCGGCUUCGAGCGUACUGCACAGGUGACUGUCCUGUCCUGUCCUGUCCUGUCCCCGCUGGUCUCCGCAGGCCAGAGUCAUGGCCUCCAGCAAGAACAAGAACCAGACCUCUCUGGCCCUCCAUAAGGUCAUCAUGGUGGGCAGCGGCGGAGUGGGGAAGUCUGCCCUCACGCUGCAGUUCAUGUACGACGAGUUCGUGGAGGACUACGAGCCCACCAAGGCCGACAGCUACAGGAAGAAGGUGGUGCUGGACGGCGAGGACGUUCAGAUCGAUAUCCUGGACACGGCGGGUCAGGAGGACUACGCCGCCAUCAGAGACAACUACUUCCGCAGCGGAGAGGGCUUCCUGCUGGUCUUCUCCAUCACCGAGCAGGAGUCCUUCACAGCCACGUCUGAGUUCAGGGAGCAGAUCCUGCGGGUGAAGGAGGAGGAGGUGAUCCCGCUGCUCGUGGUGGGGAACAAGUCGGACCUGGAGGAUCGACGGAAGGUUUCCGCCGACGACGCCGCGGCGAAGGCGAGCGAGUGGGGGGUCCAGUACGUGGAGACCUCGGCCAAGACGAGGGCCAACGUCGACAAGGUGUUCUUCGACCUCAUGCGGGAGGUGCGCAAGAAGAAAAUGGCCGAGAGCAAAGACAAAAACGGACCGAGCGGCAAGAAGAAGAAGAAGCGCUGCUGCAUACUUUAACGCCGAGGUGGCAGCCCGCCAGACGAAGUGACAAACCCAGCCGGACGACCCGAACCCAACAGGCGGCGGCUUCAGACCUGCUCCUCGCCCGCUCCACGGCCGGGGAGGACACACCUGACGGCCGACACCCCGAAUCCUCACCUGCACGUUCAGCUGGCCGAACACGUCUUUGUCUCCAAACGUCCGAAACCUAAACGCUCACCAGAAGACUCUCACUUCCACGACCGCGGUUUGUUUGUGUUAAGGUUGCCUGGUAACCGCGGUCCUUUCCUGGUGUCACUUCCUCUUUGAUGUGCAGAUUGUGCGGAGUCCAGCUGUGGCCAAAAGUAUGCGGACACCUCGCCCCUGUUUGGCAGCAGAACGCGGCUGCGCGGGCGCCUCCAGCCUCCUCAGCUUCCUGCUCUCAGGUGGUGUGUUUGUCUUAACGGUGCGUCAGCUGUGCGAGCGGGAAGCGAUGAAGCUGGAUGGACGUGCUCGUGUGGUGGACGCGGGUGUCCGCAUACUUAUGGCCGUGUACCCCACAUGGCGAGCUGUAACCACAGCAGGAAGAGGCUCCGCGUCUUCCAGGGUCCAGUCUUGUGCCUUAAGCUGCCGUCUCUCGUCUUGUGGCCAAAAAGCUAAAACGGCUGAACUCUGAAAGUCGUCUCUGCGCUGUCCUCCACUUCUUUGUCUUUCUGUCCUCUCUGUCACACAUUCCUGAUAUGUAAUUAUUCCACUUGCGCACACUCCUUUUGUAUGAAUGCUUUACUCUUCACUUCCCUGACAAACAUGUGGGCUUUCAAAGGGAAUCUGCUGUUUAAAUCCUCCUCUGUGUAUUUAUGGCGUCUGUGGUUCGAAGGUCCACAGACCAACUCGUACCCAUUUGAUAAUAAAAGACACGAUCACUGACGCCUGGUGUGAUGGAGUCUCCUGGACGAUCGGUCCUCGCGUGGGAACGUGUGGGAGCACAUUUCAGCAGCACUGUGACGCGCAUCAGCAUCAGAUUAGCAGAAAAGGAUGAAAGUUGAUUUAAUCCCCACCGUGUCUGCCAUGAGGACGUGUGUUAUUUGGUAAUCACGGCGUCAGCUCACCUGUGUUACCUGACAGAGCUGAUACAACAACCAGUAAUGAGAAUAAAAUUAAAUAUUUUUGCACCACGUAGGCAAGAAGAAUCACAGAGAAAAUUCAAACGGCCACAUCAUAUUGGUAAAAGUCAAGUAGAUCAAUUAAACCGAGUGAUUGUCGUGUAACGAGAGAGUGAAGACCGGGACCGGGUGUGACGCCUCAUCUGGCCACUGGGUGGCAGCACCGAGUCAACGCCAAACAUCCCAGCGGAAGGUGAGAAAAUGUUUUAACGAGGAACAAAGUCACCGCAGUUGGUUUGAAGCCUUCACACGUCAUAAAAUUGACUUCAUAGUCUUCACUCAAAGUAAAAGUACUCACAGUGCAGUAAAGUGGAUUACUGCCCCAGUACUGCAGCCCGAAGACUCCACGAGACCCUCACGUUCGUGGCCUGCCUUCACCUCUUAAUUCGUUACCAGGACAACAGAGAGUCCAAAGCGUGUCAUCUGUCACGAGGAGCAGUGGACACGAAGAUGAAGAAGGUGGUCCUCUGCGGGAUCAGCUGAGACGUCCUCAUCGUGAUGACGAGCCUGAUUCCGCGGCGGAUUUUCACUCUGCUUCCUUCGCUUCCACUUCACGCACUUCCUGCCGCUCACAGAUCAAUAAUAUUUAUGUCGAUCUGUUGUGUCGAGUCAAAGCAAAGGACAGAAAAGUGUCUUCACAUGAAACAUAACGACUGCACUCCUGCUGGACUCUGAUUGGCCGCAGGGCUCAGCGUGGACCUGCAGUGCGCCGUCGUCACCACAGGAGGGCGACAGCUCACUGGGAUCGUUCCAGGUGUCAGUCAAACCCUCAGGUGAGCUCAGCAUUUAAAGGAAGGCUGGUGUGUGUGUGAAGUCCUCACAGUGUACAAAUACUCUGUUACAACGAAAAUAAAAAAACCUUUCAUUCAGCAAAAGUACCAAAGUGUUGGUGACGCAGUAAAAGUAUUUCAGACUAAUUUGUGUUAUUAAGGUGUUUGUCACUUUAAGGAUGAAACUGGUGAAGCUGGUUUAACUGCUUUACAAAGUUUAUGUUGUUCUGAAUUCCCCCUCGGGGAUCAAUAAAGUUUUAAUCGGUUCUGUGA